CUCGCCGGGCGGCGGUUACGAGCCGGCUCCUCAGCGGCGGAGGUUGCGGUGCUGCGACGGCGAUGUGAGGGGCCCGCGGCGGGAUGGUGCUGACCCGGGCGGGGCCGCCUUCUUCCACCGAAACAGCGAGCUCCACGGUUCGACGGGCGGCGGCGGCGGCGGCGGCGGCGGCCGAGCCGGGCGAGAGAAAUGAAAAUAAAGAUUCAUGGCAGACAAUGGGCACAUGGCUGGAUGUCAGAGGAUCUACACUCUUACGAUGACUCAUGACGUUAAUUUGUAGAAGUCACUUAACCUGUGUACCUUCAGUGUCUCUCCUUAUAAUAUGGGGAGCACUAUUUUUUUUAGCAAGAAUCACUAACUGGAAGUACAGCAUUGGUUAUUUAAUGAUAUUAAAAUGAAGUUUUGAUCAGCAGAGGUGCUGUUACCAGAUUUGUCUUCUGAGUAUAAACUAAAAAUGACUGAAGUUCAAGCAAUGGUAGAAUUCUCCGUGGAGCUAAACAAGUUCUACAAUGUGGAUUUAUUUCAGAGAGGUUUUUACCAGAUUCGUGCAUCUAUGAAAAUUCCACCAAGAGUUCCACACAGAGUAGAAGCUAGUUUGCUACAUGCAACAGGUAUGACUUUAGCCUUUCCAGCUUCAGUUCAUGAUUCUCUGAUUUGCAGUAAAACAUUUCAAAUUCUAUAUAAAAAUGAGGAGGUUGUUUUAAAUGAUGUCAUGAUCUUCAAAGUUAAAAUGUUGUUGGAUGAAAAAAAGAUUGAAGAAACCCUUGAGGAAAUGAAUUUUCUCUUAUCCUUGGAUCUACACUUCACAGAUGGAGAUUAUUCGGCAGAUGAUCUGAACGCCUUGCAGCUAAUAAGCAGCCGCACGCUGAAGCUGCACUUCAGCCUCCAGAGAGGCCUCCAUCACCACGUUAAUGUCAUGUUUGAUUACUUCCACCUUUCUGUCGUGUCUGUUACAGUACAUGCGUCACUGGUUGCACUACACCAGCCACUGAUAAGUUUUCCUCGUCCUGUGAAGACGACUUGGUUAAACAGAAAUGCACCAGCACAAAACAAAGAUUCUGUGAUUCCUACUCUUGAAAGCGUGGUCUUUGGUAUUAACUACACAAAGCAGUUAUCACCAGACGGCUGCAGCUUCGUCAUCGCAGACUCCUUCCUGCGUCACGCCUACCGUUUCCACUACACCCUCUGCGCCGCCCUGCUGCUGGCCUUCAAGGGGCUGCACAGCUACUUCAUUACGGUAACAGAAGAGCUUCCCUCUUGUCAGAAACUAGAACUGGCCAAAGCCAACAUGCAGGUCCUUUAUGAGCGCCUUCUCAGAAGAAAACAGCCACCAACCCAGAAAGACACCUGUCUAGAGGAAAUGGAUGUAGAAGCUCGACUUACUGAAUUAUGUGAAGAAGUUAAGAAAAUAGAAAAUCCUGAUGAACUGGCAGAACUUAUAAAUAUGAAUCUUGCACAACUUUGCUCACUUUUAAUGGCUUUAUGGGGACAAUUUCUGGAAGUUAUAACACUACAUGAGGAACUAAGACUAUUACUAGCACAAGAGCACCAUACUCUGAGGGUGCGCAGGUUUUCUGAGGCAUUCUUUUGUUUUGAACAUCCAAGAGAAGCUGCCAUUGCAUACCAGGAACUUCAUGCGCAGAGUCAUCUCCAGAUGUGCACCGCUAUCAAAAACACUUCCUUCUGCAGCUCUCUCCCACCCCUGCCUAUCGAAUGCAGUGAAUUAGAUGGAGAUCUCAAUUCGUUACCUAUUAUCUUUGAAGAUAGGUAUUUAGAUUCAGUUACUGAAGACUUAGAUGCACCCUGGAUGGGAAUUCAGAGUCUUCAGAGAUCAGAGUCCAGUAGAAUGGAUAAAUGUGAGACUGAAGAAAGUGCUCUAGCUGGACUUUCCAGCCCAGAGUUGAAAGUCAGACCUGCUGGGACCUCCAGUUUUUGGUCUACAGAAGGUGAAAAGCAGCUAACAAAGUCUCUAAAAGGAAAGAAUGAAGAAUCAAAUAAAUCCAAGGUUAAGGUUACUAAGCUCAUGAAAACAAUGAAACCUGAAAACACAAAAAAAUUAAUAAAACAGAACUCUAAGGAUUUGGUGGUUUUGGUAGGCUACAAAUGCUUGAAAAGUACAGCAUCAAAUGAUCUCUAUAAAAGCUUUGAAGGCAACCCUUCACAUAGUCAGAAGGAAGGUCUGGACCCCACAAUAUAUGGAUAUAAUUUUGAUCCAAAGACCUACAUCAGACAGACAAGUCAAAAGGAAGCUAGCUAUUUGCCAGCUAAUACAGAGAGAACUGAACAAAAGUCUCCAGAUAUUGAAAAUAUGCAACCAGACCUGUUUGAUCCUUUGAACUCUGGCAGCCUAAAUCUUUGUGCAAAUUUGUCCAUUUCAGGUAAACUUGGUAUCUCCCCGGAUGAUAGUGAAAUUGCACAAGUGGAACACAGUGUGGCAUCCAGAAGCUCAUCAGAUGAUUGUCAUGAUCAUCAGUCUGCCCCCACUUCAGGAGUUAGGACAAUUGAAGUUAAGCCCUGUAAUAAAGACUGUUUCAGUGGAGAGAAAGUAACUGUUAAAAUAGGACCUUGGACAGAGCUUCAACAAGAUGAAAUAUUUGUGGAUAAUUUACAACUGCCCAACUUUGAGUCCUUAGACUCUAACGGUAAAUCUAAACCUACGGAAAUAACACUUGAAAAGGAAGCUUUGCAGGAAGCGAAGUGUCAUUCUGUCGGAGAAUCGUUAGCUAAGUUAAGAAAUAAUCAACCUGCUUCUACAAGAGAAUACCACCUUGUAGUGAGUGGAGACUCUAUUAAGUUACCAGACAUUAGUGCCACGUGUGCCUCAUCUCGGUUCUCAGACUCAGGUGUGGAAAGUGAACCAAGCUCUGUUGCAGCGCAUCCAAACCCUGACAUAGUCUUUGAAACUGUACAAGGGCAAGGUCUUUACAUCAAUGAAAGGUUAUUUCCUCAGCUUUUGAUGAAGCCUGACUGUAAUGUAAAGUUUUCACUAGGCAGUCACUGUACUGAGAGUACAAGUGCUUUCAGUGAGAUCCAGUCGUCCUUAACAUCCAUAAAUUCUCUGCCUUCUGAUGACGAGCUGUCACCUGAUGAAAAUCCUAAGAAAUCUGCUGUAUCUGAAUGCCACCUAAGCGAUAGCAAAACUGUGUUAAAUCUAGGAACAAUUGAUGUGCCAAAAUGUGAUGAUAGGAAAAAGUCAAGUAUUAUUCUGCAGCAGCAGAGUGUCAUAUUUUCAGGGCAUUCGGACAACGAAACUAUAGAAAUACAUUCCUUAAAUUCAAGCACUAAAGACCCUUUACAGUUUGUUUUUUCAGAUGAAGAUACUUCCAGUGAUGUGAAAAGUAGUUGCAGCUCCAAACCUAACUUGGACACUGUGUAUAAAGACUCCCAGAGUCCUGAUAAAUCCAGUGACUCUGUAGGAACCACAGUUCCAUUAAGUUCAGAACUGGCUUGUUCAGGCACCCCUUGUGUCGUUUCAGGUUCCGUUUCCACCAGGGCAGAUAGCAGUGAAGAUAGAACUGUGAAAAGAAAAAAUAGCAAUGCAUUAAAUCCCAAACAAAUGUGUUCAGAAGCCCCUGCAGUUAAGGAUGAAACUUACCUGGAUACAGGUGACGCUUUUUCAGCCAGUCCUGAUAUGGUAAAGCAAGGGCUUGUGGAAAAUUAUUUUGGCUGUCAAAGCAGUACGGAUGUUUCCGACACAUGCGCUAUUAGCUACAGUCAUUCAGUUAGCCCUCAGAAAGAAACUUCUGGAAAAGAAAUGAGUAGUCCUCAGCAGGAGCAGGGUAAAGAUGAGGAAGAGGAAGAGCAGGAUCAACAAAUGGUUCAAAAUGGGUAUUAUGAGGAGGCAGAUUACUCCGCUCUGGAGGCCGCAGGAGAUGCUCACUGUGCAGACAGAGCUGACCUAGGAGAAGAAAGACUUGCCAAGUCUGGAAGACUGGCCAGCGACUAUCUGAGGGAUGGUAUAACCGUGCCUACUGUCUGUACUUCUGGCUGUCUGUCCUUCCCCUCUGCACCACGAGAGUCCCCUUGUGGCGUUAAGUACUCUUCCAAGAGUAAGUGUGAUGCUAUUACCAAGCAGCCAAGCAGCGCCUCCCACAGCUGCACCUCAUCGCUGUCCUGGUACGAUAACUCGCCAAAGCCUCAGAUACAAGCCUUCCUUCAGGCAAAAGAUGAAUUGAAGCAACUUAAACUCCCCGGGUUCAUGUACAGCGAUGUUCCUCUGCUGGCAUCCUCAGUCCCUUAUUUUUGCGUGGAGGAGGAGGAGGAGGACCAUUGUGAAGAUGGAGUCCAUCUCAUUGUCUGUGUGCAUGGCCUAGACGGUAACAGUGCAGAUCUCCGAUUAGUAAAAACUUACAUUGAACUUGGGCUGCCUGGGGAAAGAAUUGAUUUUCUUAUGUCUGAAAGAAAUCAGAAUGAUACUUUUGCUGAUUUUGAUAGCAUGACUGAUCGCCUUCUGGAUGAGAUAAUACAAUAUAUUCAGAUAUAUAGUCUAACAGUCUCAAAAAUAAGCUUUAUUGGACAUUCGUUGGGCAAUUUAAUAAUCCGUUCAGUGCUUACAAGACCACGGUUUAAAUAUUACCUCAACAGGCUUCAUACCUUUCUUUCACUUUCUGGACCUCACCUUGGUACACUCUACAAUAGCAGUGCUCUUGUUAAUACAGGUCUGUGGUUUAUGCAGAAAUGGAAAAAAUCAGGUUCUCUUUUACAAUUGACGUGUCGUGAUCAUUCAGACCCUCGCCAAACUUUCUUAUACAAGCUUAGUAAUAAAGCAGGGCUUCACUAUUUCAGAAAUGUUGUCCUAGUGGGAUCUCUGCAAGAUCGCUAUGUUCCUUAUCAUUCUGCCCGCAUUGAAAUGUGCAAGACAGCUUUGAAGGACAAACAGUCAGGACAGAUCUAUUCAGAAAUGAUCCACAACUUACUUCGCCCGGUUCUGCAAAGCAAGGACUGUAACUUGGUUCGAUAUAAUGUCAUCAAUGCAUUGCCCAAUACAGCUGAUUCACUCAUUGGCAGAGCUGCACAUAUAGCUGUUCUGGAUUCAGAAAUAUUUUUAGAGAAAUUCUUUCUGGUUGCUGCCCUCAAAUAUUUCCAAUAGAAUUAAAAACAUUGAUAGAGACUUGACAAUUACCUCAUUCAGCAAUGAUUUAGAUAAUCUAUUAUAAUAAACUAUAGAUGCUGAUAAGUUCUAAGAAAUAUUUAUACCUUUUUAUAUGGAAGAUAAUUUAUAUCAUCCAUGUUUAGAGCUUUUUAAACAUCAACUUUACUUUCUAGGUAAUGUGCCUGUGCAAUAUUUUUUAAUUUCAUCUUUUUACUUUUCUAUUACUUUUUCAUAUAUUUUGCUACAUAAGUAUUUCAGUGAAACUUUAAGCCCAUAUAUAUGUGUGAUUGUUUUAUUAUUGGCUUUCCACAAUCCUUACAUCAGACAGAUCAUAUUAAAGGCCAUUAUUGCUAGAAUCACUCCAAAAAAGAUGGUGACUGCAGCCAUGAAAUUAAAAGACGCUUGCUCCUUGGAAGAAAAGCUAUGACCAAGCUAGACAGCAUAUUAAAAAGCUGAGGCAUUACUUUGCUGACAAAGGUCCAUCUAGUUAAAUAGUUAAAGCUAUGGUUUUUCCAGUAGUCAUGUGUGGAUGUGAGUGUUGGACAAUAAAGAAAGCUGAGCGCCAAAGAAUUGACGCUUUUGAACUGUGGUGUUGAAAAAGAACUCUUGGAGAGUCCCUGGGACUGCAAGGAGAUCCAACCAAUCCAUCCUAAAGGAGAUCAGUCCUGGGUGUUCAUUGGAAGGACUGAUGUUAAAGCUGAAACUCCAAUACUUUGGCCACCUGAUGCGAAGAGCUGACUCCUUGGAAAAGACCCUGAUGCUAUCAGAAAUUGAAGGGAGGAGGAGAAGGAGACGACAGAGGAUGAGAUGGUUGGAUGGCAUCACUGACUCGAUGUGCUAGACAGGGAAGCUCCAGGAGUUGGUGAUAGACAGGGAAGACUGGUGUGCCAUAGUGCAUCAGGUCACAAAGAGUCACACAACAGAGUGACUGAACUGAAUUGCUAGAAUAGCAUGAGAUUUUAAAUUUUCUAGUAUGGGGGUAUUAUUUAGUUAGUCAUAAAUUUUACUUUUAACAUUUUACUAUGUUUAACUGGAAAUAAAAUUAUGGCUGCUAAAAUAUAUUUUUUGAAAUCAACUAUUUUGCCCUCCCAAACCAGGUAGUUCAUAUAUGACAAUGUUAUAAAAGUUUUCUAUAAAAAGUUAUUAUUACUGUUGCUAGUAAACAUCUGCCAUGCCUAUUAAAAUAUAUUUUCUACAGGUGAUUUCAACAUUAUUUCUCAUAUUGACUUUUAUUACUGGAACUUUUCAUGUUCAUGUUAGCAGCAUCUAGAGAUUUUUUGAAUGUUUGAAUGCCCUCUGCCUUGAUUUGGUUGGAAUUUUGCUAAAUUUGGUAAUGUUGCUUGAACUUUCUGACUACAUUUCUUUAACUUUUUCAUGGACUUCCUUGUAUGUACAUAACAAUUAAAUGUUGAAAUUUAUGAAAUACUUUUAUGAAUUUAGAUAAUUUUUAAAUAUUGCUAAAAUUUGUUGAACUAAAGAGUAAUGUAAAUAAAAUAAUUCAUGGAACAAAAUAAUUAACUUUACAUGUUUGGUGACACAGAUGCAAAUGUUUUGAUAUAUGGAGAUGUUAAGUCUCUUGACUUUACUCAAGGUGCUGAAUAGCAUUAAAUUCACUAUUUUCCUUUCCUGUUUUACUUGUGAAAAUAAUAAUGCACUAAGGAUAGAUAGAAGGUCUAUUUGCAUUUACCAGUUGUGAUAGAAGGCUUUUGUAAAUAUGUAUUGUAAAAUUGAUGCAUGUUUAUUUUUAGCAUUGUGUUAUUGCCUCUGCUGCUAAUAAAUGAACAGAUGACUAUCUGGA